GCGAAGAGACAACGCGUUCUCUCAACCAAAUUAGAUUCAGUUUAGAUCCAAUUUUUAAUUUCAUUCACACAAUCACGUCUCGACUGCACGACGACAACAACGUUCGCAUAUUGUGUAUUCCCUCAACAGUUUUGAUCAAAUCGAUCGAUAGAGAGAGAGAAAAAGAUAGCGACAUAGAGUGAGACAGAAACACUAAGAGAAUAAAAAAAACGAAAUAUUUUUUUUCCGUUUUCCGGGUGAACAAAUCUCUAGAUAGGAAUAACGAUCGCAUUGUUUACACACAAAUAACAGAUAAAAAAUGCAUCAAAGGUGGUGGUAUUUCAUGACAUUCAAAUAAAUCACACAUGCAACGCGCCGCGCGUCGAAGCCGAUCGAAUUACGGGCAAAACAAAAACUCAAACUGCACUAAACGCACAUCGGAAUUCUGAUUGCUGCCUUAGCGAUAUUGAAAAAAAAGAGCAGAAGAAACAAAAAAGAUCAACUAUCAAUUGAAAGAAUAAGAUAAAAUAAUUAGUGUGAAAAUUGCUUGGAAUAUCAUCAUAAAUUACAACUGCAAAUAGUUUCGAUAAAUUAAAGAAGAAUAACAAACGAACAAAAAAAAGUAAAUAAAGUAGAAAAUAAGCAGCAACAACAACAAAAUACCGGCAAUACGAAGAUAUCAACAACGUGUGUGAUCUGCCGCGGUUCAAUCUCUUUCAGUUCGUUUUUUUCUUCUUUUCGUAUACAUCCUAGACAAAGCGCAACAAUUCAACAGAGGAAAAAAAAGACAACAAAACGAAUUAAUCGAUUUGAUGCGGGAAAUGUUCUCUCAUGUAAAUUUAUUAAUGUUCGAGUGUGCAUUUCGAUUAGUUUGAUCGUUUUGUUUUCGUGUGUGCCGGUGUGUUUAAAUCACGAUUUAUACUGACUAUAUAUUUAUUUAUGUUCUGAAUGUUCGUUUUUUUUUCUUCGUUUUCUCGCUUUGUUCGGUUAAAUGCAAAUCUUUAACAAAAUAGUGUGAUAUCAAAGUGUGCUGAAAUUGAUUAUGGAGGGAAAAUCACAAAAUCAUCAUUUUUAAAUAGAUAUUCCGACCAAACCUUUUGUUAAAUUCAAAGAAAUUCAAUUCAAUCGAUUGCACUGCAAAUCGCACGUUGUUCCCCAUCAUACACACACCAUCACAUCAGCAUCUCGAAUACCCGAUAUGCCAUCGAAGCAAUAGAACGGGCGAAGAUCAAAUCAGCACGACCAGCACGACAAAAGAUCACCCGGAGUGUGUGUGUAUGUUUGUGUAUGUGUAUGCAGGUGCCCAGAUUAAGUGGCCCCAAAAGAACGCAUGUUACGCUAUUUACAACAACCCCUCCGGCGAACCGAAUGCUCUCUGAUUCUGUGAGAGAAUUCGAGAGAAGAUAGACAAAGACAAUUAAAAGAACAAAACACAAAUUUUGAAUUAAAUUCCAAUUCAUACACAUAUAUAUGUAUUUAGAUACAAACAUUUUCCGAAUAUCCAAGAUGGCUGGCAGAGGAAAAAGAACAUCAUCAUCAUCGUCAUCGUCAUCGUCAAUAUCAUCAUCACCCGCGAUACGAUGGAGUCUACAAGUGGUUCUAGUGUUAAUUCUAAAUCAAAUUCACCGAAAUUUUGGUAGUCCCGUUUUUACGUACAAUCCUAGUGUAACACAAUUUCACAUUCAAUCUGGAAGGAAUAUCAGGCAUUUGCCGUGUGUGGUUCGACGAUCGGGUAUUGAAGGUGUUUGCAUGUUUGCCAUAGACUGUAUCAAAGCAAAUGGAACGCAUUUAGGCACAUGUAUUGAUCGCUUCUACUUUGGAUCAUGUUGUCAGUUAAAGGAUGAUGUUGAUAUUGUGGAACCAGAAAUUGUGGAAAAUAGCAUCGAUCAAAAUACGAUUCCGCAUUUUUCAUUCGGUUCACCGAUCACUUCAACAACAGUCAGCUCAUUCCAUUCGACGGCAACGUCGUCAACACCACCACGAAUCACAACGACCACAACUAAAAGACAUCCAACAUCGCCAAAACCAGCUGUUACGAGCACAACGCAUCACCAAAAAGUCACAACACCGCAUCAUCCAUCGUCGCUGUUACCAUCAUCGCCACCAUCUCCGUCGCCUCCGCCGUCCGAUUCGCUGUUGUCGUCACAAAAACCGGAAACCACCAUAUUCAAGUAUGUUCCCAUUACAACUACUCUGAAUACCGAAAGCAAAACGGAGGCAAGUAAUGAACAAACAAUUAUCGAAAAACUACCCGAAACCACCGUUCGUAAUUCAAUCUCAUCGAAAUUACCGACAACAACCGAGGAGAAUAUCAAAUUGCAAACCUUUCAAUCAGUUCAAGAAACAACAUUUACAUCCCCAUCGCCCACUCCAUCAAGUUCGACGGUAACAAAGAAACCAACUAGACGGACGACAACAACGACGCCACCAGCACCGAAAACGACUGUAGCCCAAAAAACGACGGCAACCCCAAAAACAACAGCUGUUCCAAAAACAACGGCAGUUCCGAAGACAACUGCUCAACCGACUGAAACCACAGUAUCGAGCACCGUAACAAGCACAUCACCAUCUAAACCCCGACCAGCGUCCACCAUCAGCACAACUCCAAAAUCAAGCGUUCAAAACUCAACGAAACACACGCCAACUACUUCGGCUCCACUGUCGAACCGGCCCGGGCCAACGCAAACCACAAAACCAACGGCGAAACCAAUCCCACAGAAGACAACAUCCAACCGACCAAUCAUAACGGCUUCAACGGAGAAAUACAUCACAACUGGUGCAGCACAAUCUAUACCAACAAAAUUUGUGGCAACCGCACAGCCGACCAUUAUCACGUCCAUUGGCACGAGACCAACACCUCCUCAAAAGAAAAAGCCACUCUUGACGACCGUAUCGUUUGUAUCGAGCUCAAUAACAACGCAGCUGCCAAAAUUCACUGCAACAAAAACGACGACAACAACGACCCAAGUACCAGAUCUGGUUACCUGGUCAAAUGCCGAACCAGCAAAAACUGAGCAUCCACCAGAAUGGAUUUUGAUACCAAGUGUAACCCAGUCGCCCAGCACAUCACAGUCGACUUUCAGUUCAUCAUUUGAGCCCAUGGUCGCAUCGUCGGCUGUGUUUACUGAGACAACACGUUUCCCGACACGGAAACCGAUAAUAGCAUCGUCAAGCAAGGCGCCCGCUACCAAGAAACCAAUCAUAACGAAACCCAGUCCAAUCGAAACGGCUGCCACAAAGCCAGCAACAAAGAAGCCACAAACGACUACUACCACCGUACCAACGACAACUACAACGACGACGACGACGACGACAACAACAACAACAACGACGGAGAAAUUGCCCGUUACAACGACCACAACGAAGCCAUCGCUACCGAUGCAAACAACUGUUUCGAUCGACGACACUGAAAGCGAUGAAGAAAUGCAACCAACAACGGAAAGUGUUACAAUGUACGAUGACUUUGAGGAAACGACGGUGUUCACUGAAAUCAGUGAAACGGAAAAUGUCAUCAAUCAUGCAACAUCGGCGGUGCCCUCGUACACACAAUCAUCAAUAGGUAGCACAACAAUGUCAAAGGUGAAUUCCACUGUCGCAAUGUCAUCCACCGAAAGUAGCAGCGAUGACGAUGACGACGAUGACGACGACGACGGUAGCAGCAGUAGUUUGCCAUCAUCAUCAACAGAGCAUGCCGAUCAUCGAACGACCACAAAGCCCGUAGAGUCAACGACGCAGCAGUCAGUAACGUUGUUGACAACGAUUUUAUUGCCGCCGUCCAUCAAACCAGAAUAUGAGAAAUUACCGACACUUAAACCGGUUAGCGAUACAAAGGAAAAGGAAAAGGAAAAAACAACAACGACAUCGACGACGACGACGACGACAAAAACGACAAAAACGACGACUUCCACAACUGUUGCACCCUCUGUUAUGGACACGACCAGCAGCACAAUCUCAUACAACAAAACGUCACCACAACCAAUGGAAACCACUGUGCCCACUGAAGCCACCGAUAAACUAACAACAAUCAUGAACAAAAUAGAAAGUACAACAGGUGAGCCGUUUACAGUUGUAGAUAUUGCAACUUCUAGUGUGCCAUUGACAACAUUUGAAACAUACGACGUUGAAAACACAACUGCCGAAAAUGUCACAUUGGAAUUUGUGGAUCUGCCAACAACGGAAGCCAUUUCAUCAACCUCAAGCAUUUCACAAUAUCUCGAAACGGCUAACUACAAACAAGUUUGUGGAAAGCGAAUGUAUCCGGAGCCAAGGAUUGUCGGCGGAUCGAAAGCAUCGUUUGGACGUUGGCCAUGGCAGAUAUCAUUGCGUCAAUGGCGCACAUCAACCUACUUACACAAAUGUGGUGCGGCACUGUUGAACGAGAAUUGGGCCAUCACGGCGGCUCAUUGCGUUGAUAAUGUUCCACCGUCAGACUUGUUGCUGCGUCUGGGCGAGUAUGAUUUGGCCGAGGAAGAAGAACCAUAUUUGUAUCAGGAGCGUCGUGUUCAAAUCGUAGCGUCUCAUCCACAAUUUGAUCCACGAACAUUCGAAUAUGAUUUGGCAUUGUUACGUUUCUAUGAACCGGUCGUGUUCCAACCGAACAUCAUUCCAGUUUGUGUGCCCGACUCUGAUGAGAAUUUCAUUGGGCGAACGGCUUUCGUAACGGGCUGGGGACGAUUAUAUGAAGAUGGACCUUUGCCAAGCGUUUUACAAGAAGUCUCCGUGCCUGUUAUCAAUAACACAUUGUGCGAAGGAAUGUAUCGAAAUGCUGGCUACAUUGAGCACAUUCCGCACAUCUUCAUUUGUGCUGGUUGGCGAAAAGGAGGCUAUGACUCAUGCGAAGGUGAUUCUGGUGGUCCAAUGGUAAUUCAACGUGAUGACAAACGCUUUCUCUUGGCUGGUGUCAUUUCAUGGGGCAUCGGAUGUGCGGAACCAAAUCAGCCCGGCGUUUACACACGGAUAUCCGAAUUCCGUGAAUGGAUUAAUCAAAUAUUACAGUUCUGAUAGAAUCGAUACUAUUAUCACUGUCUUCCCAAACACGGUGCAGCCAAGACAGUUUUAGAUCGCAUUUUUUCGCAUUAAACGCUCACAUUUUAGCAAUCAUCAGACCUGAACUCAGCGACUAUUUUACAACGAAAUGCUCGCGAACGUUUGUUUGGUCGCUAAUCUGCUGUGUUCACCAUAAUUACCUUUUGUGAAUGUCCACGAAAUGUAAUGUGUAUGAACUCUUGUGAUUGCGUUCUACGAAAAACAAACAACAAGAACAAUUUAAACACUAAUUUUAUGUUAAUAUAAUUUAAUUUUAUCCCAGACACAAGUGAUAACUUAUAAACUAGAUGUUUAGGAUAAUAUUGCGACAUCAAACUAAAGAGAAGAAAACACUGAACAAUAAAUUAACAUUUUUAUUCGUCGUAGCUAAAUGAAAAACUUUUAAAAAGUUUUUAAUGAUAGAAAAAGAAAAUUUGACAAGAAUAAAAUGAAAAAAAAAAAACAUUCAAAAGAUUUACAUACAGAUCAAAAGAACAAAAAAAAGAGACAAAAAGUUAUGUGAACCCAGUGAAUUGAAAUGAAUAAGGUAAAGAAAUUGCGCUUUUGAGCCCACUACAAAGUGUCUUCCCCAUGGCUUUUGAAUCGCAUUUCAAUCACACACAUGAGUUAUAUAGAAAAUUUGCACAAAAAAAAUGAAAUAAUAUUUAUAAUAAUAGCAUUAUCAUCCAUGAAUGUGGCUGCUGAUCAUGAGAUAGAUAGAGAGAAACAAAUUAGGAGCAACAUUAGAGCGACGACAUUAUUUAUUUAUGAUACUAUUUAUUUUUACUUAGACAAUAUUUUAUACGUUUUAAACUAAAAUGAUGGAUGAAAUUUGUUUUUAACAAGUAGACUUUUCUCUGUAAAUAUUGAAAUCGAUAAAAUGAUGAAAUGGACGGACUUUGUCUGUUCACAUUGUUUGAAAUGCAAAAUUCAGCAAAAUAAAUCAGAUGGGAUUUCCGUAGAAUUACUCUGUUGGACGUGAAAA